UCGCUCCCUUAUUCAAAAAGAGAAAUAACUCAAAAUUUGCAUUUAUUGAGUUUUCAUCAUAAAGUGAAAUAACUAUGCAAGGAGAAUAUUUGAAUUCAACAGUUGAGUCAUUACGACGAAAAAUGAAAGAGAUAGAUGACACUGUUUCUCUUUUUUACUAAAAGGCGGGAAACAAUUGAUACCGGUAAAGUGGUCAAAUUUAGUAAUGAGUCGAGGUUGCGAAGGAUAAGAGCUGUGCAGUUAGUUAAAAAAGUGAAGUAACUUGAAAUCAUUUGGUGUUAUACUAUCAGGUAAAUAUUUUAUAUACGUUUAUUUCUUCCAAAAGUGCAUUAAUUUAGAGUUGUUUCACUUUAUUGGAAAAUUCGACAUUGUUUUUUCCGCUAACAUUGUGACUUAUUACAGUUUAGUAUAAAUGACGUCAGAGUAUUAUGAAAAACUUUUUAAGUUAAUGCAUUUUUUGAUUAAAAUAUUCAACCAAAUCAUGAGUGAUUAAUUAUUGCUUCAGUAUUAUAUUAUUAAGAUAUCAGGAAAAUGGUAAUUUUUUGUGUUAUUUCUGUUUAGUGAUUUUAUAUAGAUAAAAUUUAAGUUUAACCUCAUGCCUAACAAUAGUAAUUAUUGUUAUUAUACAUUAUUUCAUAAUUUAAACUCAAAACUAAUUACUAUGAAUAAGGGAUUAUUUAAUAUUUUUGAUUAGGUAUAGCUAUAAAACAUAAUUUUAAGCGGUAUUAUCAUUUUUAGACUUAAGAUGUCUUCGAGGGCACAAAAAAUACUCGGCUUAGUUGUUGCAAACCCAGUACUGGAUUCUAAAAAUAUUGCAUCAGAUAAUAAUUCAACUGAGAAAUCUAACCAUGAGUUAUUAAGUAAAAAUAGUUUCGCCGUUGAACUCCAGAAGGAUGUUAACAUGGAGGUUAAAAUGGUAACGGAAUCAGUGGAUAACUUCGAUAAAUCAGUUGGAGUAGCUGUAAUAAAAUCUCAGUUUGCAAACAUACAACCCUUAGUACCUUAUGAUGACACUGACGAUAGUUUAUCUGACAAUGAAGAUGUUGUUACUGGAUGCUUAACUACGGAGGAAGGGCGUCGACGUCGUCUUGUUCAUUCUUCAUCAAGUAGUUCAUCAUCAUCAACUUCAUCUUCAGACUCAUCCGAUAGUUCAUCUUCGGGCUCUUCCGAUAGUUCGCCAUCAUCAAAAGAACCGCUAACCCAAAGAAACCCACUAACCGAUAUUACCAGAAACGUGACUGUUAAUGAACAGGACACCGAUGGUGUUGUAAGUUAUUAUCGUCCCAGGGAGUUAAAAAGGUUUCAAAAUUAUUACACUUCUCCUCUAUGUACUGAUGAAAGCGAUGCUGACUUAAGCGAUGCAGAUCCAACAUUCAUCAACAUUGAACCUAAAAGAAAGAGAAACUACUUUUUUGAAAAAUUGAGACCUUCUUCCACCAGUUCUGCAGAUUCUAGUCAUUCUUCUUCGAUUCCAAAAAAGGGACGCAAACGAACUAAAAACCCUUCCCAAUGGAAACAGAAUAAAAUUAAGCGCAAGCGUAAUACAGGAAAAUCGUAUGUAUCUACUUCGAAAACAAAGAAGACUAUUCCAGCCAGGUGCCUUAAAGAACCAUGCACAGAAAAAUGUAGACUUAAAUGCACUACAAAGAUUAAUAUGGAGUGUAGAUACGAACUGUUUAAGAAGUUUUGGGAUUUAGGUGAUUUAGGUAAACAAAGAGCAUACAUAAGUUCCAGUAUGAUCGACAUUCAGCCUAAAUACAAAUAUAGCAAUGCUCAGAAGCCCAGGCACAAUAACAAAGCAUUUCAUUUUAUAGUGAAUAAUAAGACGAUUAGAGUUUGUAAAACUUUUUACAAGGCUACGUUGAACAUCUCUGGUAGGAUGAUAUUUACGGUACAGAAUAAAAUGAACAACAACGAUUUUUCGCAAACUGAUUUGAGAGGCAGACAUGAUAGUCAUAGAAAAAUUAGUCCAGAAUUACGAUCUGCAAUCAUGGAGCACAUUCAAUCUAUCCCUAAAAUUGAAUCUCACUACCUUCGAGCAUCUACAACAAAGGAAUAUAUUGAUGGCAGCAAAAAUAUAAAAGAUUUGUUCAACGAUUUUAAGCUCAAACAAAAACAUGACAAUAGAGACGCAGGUACUUAUAGUAUAUAUUAUAAACUGUUUACAACGGAAUUUAAUCUCUCAUUUUUUCAACCAAAAAAAGAUCAAUGUGAUCUAUGCACCUCGUAUAAUAAUUCUACUGCUGACCAAAAGAAGGACCUUGAAGAAAAAUACCAAACACAUUUAGAAGAGAAAAACUAUAGUAGGAUUGAGAAGUUUAAUGAUCGCAGCAAAAUAAACAAAAACAUCAAAGUAGUUGUGUUUGAUUUAGAAGCGGUGUUACAAUGCCCAAGAGGUAACUCUUCUUCCUUUUAUUAUAAGUCUAAGUUGAAUUGCUACAAUUUAACUUUGACUGAAUUGGCAUCACAGGAAUUUAAUGUAGCCUACAAAAAUGUACAUUGCUAUUUUUGGUCAGAGAGUGAGGCUAAACGUGGAGCUAUAGAGAUCGGAUCAUGUGUAUGGGCAUAUCUGAAAGCUAUAACUGAAGAAGAUGAUGAUGAAAAGGAAGUAAUUUUUUAUUCUGACAAUUGCUGUGGCCAGAACAAAAACAAGUAUAUCACAUCUCUAUAUCUUUAUUGUGUGCAAACGUUAAAUAUAAAAAGCAUAACACAUAAAUAUUUAAUAAGGGGCCACACCCAGAAUGAGGCCGAUAGUGUCCAUAGCCUAAUUGAAAAGGAAAUUAAAAAGAAUUUAAAAUCUGGACCAAUAUACACACCAGACCAAUAUAUUACUUUAAUCAAGAAUGCCAAAAAAUCUCCACCUCCGUUAAUUGUUCAUGAACUGAAUUUUGAAUCAUUUCACGAUUUAAAAUUAUUGCAAGAAGAAUGGGGAUAUAAUUAUUCAAAUAAUACAGAGGGACAUACUGUUAAUUGGAAUGAGAUUAAAGUUUUGAAAAUUACUAAAGAGAAUCCUUUUUCUGUUUAUUAUAAAUCAUCAUAUAAAGAUGAAAAUUACCGGGAAGUGAAUGUUAGAAAUAAACGAAAGAAAAUGAAACAAAUUACAGAUAUAGAACUUCAAGCAGCCUAUUCCGAUAAACAAGAAAUAAGUGAAAAUAAGAAAAAAGACUUAAAAGAAUUAAUUUCAAAAGGAUUGAUUCCUUCUUUUUAUGCAGGCUUUUAUAAUUCUAUAUUUUAAUUUUUUAAGUUAAUAAAAUGUUCAAUGAAAAUACUUUUUUGGUUUAAUUCUUAUAUAAUAUUUACGAAUGUGUAACAUUAUUAUAACUUUAAGGUUUUACUUUGUUUUGAUUUUGUAUACUCCAAUGUAACAAUUUUUCUAUAAUAAUUACAGAUUAAAAAGCACAUCUUUUUAUUUAAAAUAUCCUAUUUUAUUUGUAAACAAAGAUUAUUUCAAUCGUUUAUUAUUAAUAAUACCGCAAUAAGUCUAAAUAUUUUACCUACUUGCUACGUGACUUUAAUAUAAAACUGCAAUAUUUAAAAUUGUUACGACUGUGUUUAAAUUAUGAUAUCAUAUUUUUCAUCAAAGAGUGAAAUAAAUACAAACUUUUUUUAUAAAAUUAAUUUAAACGUAUUUCCUUUUAAAAAUCUGAUAAUGUGGAACCACAAUAUAAUACUAAACUGAUUACACUACCCAAUCCUACUUUUGAAAUUAAUCUAAACCAUUUAUAUAUUUUUUUAUAAGAAAAUUAAGUUGCCUAUAAAAAAAUGUCAAACUUUAAAUGCGUUUUCCCACAAAAUUGAAAUUUUGAGUUAUUUCUUUUUCUGAAUAAAGGUGC